AUGAUCUCCGCAUGUUCAACUUCCUCUCUGUCAAGCCUUUCCCCUUGUGAACAAUCGGACAUCUAUCUAUCUAUCUAUCUAUCUAUCUAUCUAUCUAUCUAUCUAUCUAUCUCAGCCUGUUCAUAUCUAUCUAUCUAUCUAUCUAUCUAUCUAUCUAUCUAUCUAUCUAUCUAUCUAUCUAUCUCAGCCUGUUCAUAUCUAUCUAUCUAUCUAUCUAUCUAUCUAUCUAUCUAUCUAUCUAUCUAUCUAUGUCAUUCUGAAUCUAUCUAUCUUCUAUCUAUCUAUCUAUCUCAUUCAGAAUCUAUCUAUCUAUUUCAGUCUAUUUAUAAAUACCUAUGUAUAAGCUACUCACUGUCUUUAUCUAUCCCUAUCCAUCUCUUUAUAUCUCUGUAUAUAUCACUCUGUUUCUCUCUCUCUCUCUCUCUCUCUCCAAGUAUAAGUCUCUUUGUAUCUAUCUAUAUAUCGGUCUUUCUUUCUUUCUUUCUCUCUCUCUCUAGUUCCUUUUUACCAUCUAUCUAUCUCAUUCUGUUCAUUAAUCUAUCUAUCUAUCUAUCUAUCUAUCUAUCUAUCUAUCUAUCUAUCUAUCUAUUUCAGUCUGUUCAUUAUCUAUCUAUCUAUCUCAGUCUGUUCAUUAUCUAUCUAUCUAUCUAUCUAUCUAUCUAUCUAUCUAUCUACCUCAGUCUCUUUUCAAUUUCUUUGUCGACCCUCUCCUCUGUCCUCUCCUCUCUUCGUCUACUUUGCGUUGAUCGUUUCAUCUUAUUGACGCUCUCCUUUUACUGUCUAUCCACUUCUCUCUCUUCAUCUUAUCGACCCUCUCCUUCUUUCUCUACUAUCUUUAUCGAUCCUAUCAUCAUCAUCAUCAUCAUCAUCAUCCACAAUUUAUUUCCUUGUUUCUUCUUCUUUUUUUCUUUCUUAUUCUAA